UCUCUCUCUCUCUCUUCACGAGAGCGAGCGGGGGCGGCGACGACGGGGAAACCCUAGAAUUCGUCGCCGGCGGAGGCGCGGUAUCGGGUGGGUGGCACGCGCGUCUCGUGUGCGUGGGUAGGGGCGGCUGACGUGAAGGCCCCCCCGCGGCAGAUCGGAGUCGGGAGGUGGGGGGGUUUCGCCGGCGGCGGGGGCGGGCGCCAUGUCGUCGCUCAGCCGGGAGCUCGUGUUCCUCAUCCUGCAGUUCCUCGAUGAGGAGAAGUUCAAGGAGACCGUGCACAAGCUUGAGCAAGAGUCAGGGUUCUUCUUCAACAUGAAGUACUUUGAAGAGAAGGUCCAUGCUGGGGAGUGGGAUGAAGUGGAGAAAUAUCUUUCAGGUUUCACCAAGGUUGAUGACAAUAGGUAUUCUAUGAAGAUCUUCUUUGAGAUCAGAAAGCAAAAGUAUUUGGAAGCACUUGACAGGCAUGAUAGAGCAAAGGCAGUAGAUAUUCUUGUUAAAGAUCUUAAAGUCUUUUCGACAUUCAAUGAGGAGUUAUAUAAAGAGAUAACACAGCUUCUAACUCUUGAGAAUUUCAGGGAAAAUGAACAGUUGUCUAAGUACGGGGAUACCAAAUCUGCUCGCAGUAUAAUGCUUAUUGAGCUCAAAAAACUUAUUGAAGCAAACCCCCUUUUCCGUGAAAAGCUUGUUUUCCCAACUCUCAAGGCAUCACGCCUGCGGACUUUAAUCAACCAAAGCUUGAACUGGCAGCAUCAGCUUUGCAAGAAUCCUAGGCCAAAUCCAGAUAUCAAGACUUUGUUCACUGAUCAUACCUGCACUCCGCCAAAUGGAGCUCGUGCUUCACCAGUUUCUGUACCACUGGCAGCGGUUCCAAAGGCCGGUGCCACAUACCAACCACUCACAGCUCAUACUCCGUUCCAAACUCCUGCUGGUCCAUCUUUAGCUGGUUGGAUGACAAAUGCUGCUACUGCUGCUACAUCAUCUGUUCCAUCUGCUGUUGUGGCAGCAUCACCACUACCUGUUGCACCAAAUCAAGCUGUCCCAAUCUUGAAACGCCCAACUAUAACAGACUAUCAAAGUGCAGAAUCUGAGCAACUAAUGAAGCGAUUGAGGCCUGCUGGACAUGGUGUUGAUGAGGUCACCUAUUCUGCACCCAUUCCACAACCUUCAUGGUCAGUGGAUGAUCUUCCUAGGACAGUGGCUUGUACAUUGUCACAGGGAUCUAAUGUAACCAGCAUGGAUUUUCAUCCUUCUCGGCAUACAUUACUUCUAGUUGGUUCUGCUAAUGGUGAAAUUACACUUUGGGAGGUUGGUAUGCGUGAGAGGCUGUUUUCAAAGCCCUUCAAAAUUUGGGACGUGCAAGCUUGUACACAACAAUUUCAGAGUGUUGUGGCUAAAGACUCCAACAUAUCCAUUAACCGGGUUGCCUGGAGCCCUGAUGGAGACUUGAUAGGUGUCGCAUUCACAAAACAUUUGAUUCAUCUACAUGCAUACCAACAGCCAAAUGAGACACGGCAAGUUCUAGAGAUCGACGCUCAUUCUGGAGGAGUUAAUGACAUAGCAUUCUCCCGGCCAAAUAAGCAACUUUGUGUUGUCACCUGUGGAGAUGAUAGGCUGAUAAAAGUUUGGGAUAUGCAUGGACAGAAACUGUUUUCUUUUGAAGGGCACGAGGCACCUGUGUACUCCAUCUGCCCUCACCACAAAGAGACUAUUCAGUUUAUCUUCUCAACUUCUCUAGAUGGGAAAAUUAAGGCGUGGCUUUAUGACCAUAUGGGAUCCAGGGUAGAUUAUGACGCUCCUGGAAAAUGGUAUACUACUAUGCUUUAUAGUGCUGAUGGAACUAGGUUGUUCUCAUGUGGAACAAGUAAAGACGGAGAUUCAUAUUUGGUUGAGUGGAAUGAAAGUGAAGGAUCUAUCAAGAGGACAUAUUCUGGGUUUCGUAAAAAGUCAGCUGGUGUAGUGCAGUUUGACACAGCUCAGAAUCACAUUUUGGCGGCUGGUGAAGAUAAUCAGAUUAAGUUCUGGGAUGUUGAUAAUACAACCAUGCUUAGCUCUACUGAAGCUGAUGGAGGCUUACCAGGCCUUCCACGGUUGAGGUUCAAUAAAGAAGGCAAUCUUCUUGCUGUUACUACAAUGGACAAUGGUUUUAAGAUACUUGCAAAUGCUGAUGGACUCAGAACUUUGCGAGCUUUUGGCAAUCGGCCUUUUGAAGCAUUCAGACCACAAUAUGAAGCUUCUUCAAUGAAGGUCUCCGGUGCUCCUGUUGUUGCGACCAUUUCUCCUAAUAUUGGUCGGAUGGAUCACAUAGACAGGAAUUCUCCUGCAAAGCCAUCUCCUAUACUGAAUGGAGGUGAUCCAUCAUCUAGAAGCAUCGAUAUAAAGCCAAGAAUUUCAGAAGAAAGGCCUGAUAAGGCAAAACCCUGGGAGCUGAUGGAGGUUCUAAAUCCCCAACAAUGCCGUGUAGCCACAAUGCCAGAAACUCCAGACCAAACCAGCAAGGUUGUCAGACUUCUGUAUACAAAUUCUGGUGUUGGCUUGCUAGCACUCGGGUCCAAUGCCAUUCAAAGGCUGUGGAAAUGGGCUCGCAAUGAGCAAAAUCCAAGUGGAAAGGCCACAGCCAGUGUAGUGCCACAACAUUGGCAACCAAACAGCGGUCUUGUCAUGCAAAAUGAUACAGCAGAUACUAAUCCUGAGGAGGCAGUCCCAUGCAUCGCACUCUCGAAGAAUGAUUCUUAUGUUAUGUCUGCAUGUGGUGGGAAGGUUUCAUUAUUUAACAUGAUGACAUUUAAGGUGAUGACAACUUUCAUGCCUCCACCUCCAGCAUCUACCUUUUUAGCAUUUCACCCUCAAGACAAUAACAUCAUAGCAAUUGGAAUGGAAGAUUCGACCAUCCAUAUUUACAAUGUCAGGGUAGAUGAGGUCAAAACUAGAUUGAAAGGACAUCAAAGGAGAAUUACUGGUUUGGCCUUCUCGAACAGCCAACAUAUACUUGUGUCUUCAGGGGCCGAUGCACAGCUUUGUGUGUGGGCAACUGAUACUUGGGAAAAGAAAAAAUCUGUUGCUAUUCAAAUGCCAGCUGGGAAAACUCCAUCAGGGGACACUUGGGUCCAGUUCAACUCUGACUGGAGUCGUUUGUUAGUUGUCCAUGAAACUCAACUAGCUAUAUAUGAUGCAUCAAAAAUGGAAAGAAUCUACCAGUGGAUACCUCAGGACGCUUUGUCAGCUCCCAUAUCACAUGCAUCAUACUCACGCAACAGCCAACUGGUUUUUGCUGCAUUUACCGAUGGCAACAUAGGAAUUUUUGAUGUGGAGAACUUGAGAUUAAGAUGCCGAAUCGCACCUCCAGCAUACAUGUCUUCAGCAACCAUAAACAGCAAUCCGUCGGUCUACCCUCUCGUUGUCGCGGCACAUCCACAGGAGCCAAAUCAAUUUGCGGUUGGGCUCUCGGAUGGAUCUGUUAAAGUGAUUGAACCCUUGGAGUCCGAAGGGAAGUGGGGUACAACGCCUCCCACGGAGAAUGGGGUGCCCAACGGCAGGACAUCAACAUCAUCAGCUACUAGCAACCCAGCUGCAGACCAAAUCCAAAGAUAGAUAUGCAUGCCGGCCGGAUCUUCGCUGUAAAUCUUUUUUUUCUUCUUCUAAUCUUUUACAUUGACUUGGUUGUAUGUUGAUGUGACUAGGCUAUUGUUGCAUUUGUUGGAAAGCAAACAGAAAAAAAGGAAGAAUCGUAAGAUCAUGUGUGCUUGUAACAUGUCGGAUGUUAAUUUACCCUAGUUAUGAAAAGAUUAUCUUGUAAUAGGGUUAGUCCAUAAAAUUAGGUUUCCUCAGUAUAACUGGGACAGUCGGAUGCUGUAGCUAUCUUCUCUUAGAUGCUUGUCAAGCAAUACAUAGUUUUUGCUUCCUCAGUGUUCA